AUGUCGCUAGCAGAGGUCUGGCAGCGAGCGCUCCACAGCUUGAGCGCUGGCCAGGAUCGACAAUCUUCAGCAAACGCUCCCGUCCUCCCACCAUCAGAAGCCUAUCAGGCUGUCACGCAGUUCCUCGAGCCUGCUGCACCGUCGCAAUGUCGCUAUUACGACGAGCACACGACAUCAUUUGCUCUCGAUGCCGCAACAAGGAAAGCGCUGCAAACACUUCUCGGCAGCGACCUCAGUACGCCCUCAAGCUCAAAGGUCGAUCUUGCCUCACCCAGUCCUGUCCUCGUAGCUCUGUCCAACCACUACGUGAACCGAUGUCAGAGAAACAUAGGCUCCACAGCGAUCGAAAGCGGUGUCUCAGCAAUGGACGAGCAUAGAGUGUCAACCUCGGCGCUCGGCGAAGACCUGCCUGGAAUCCUGCUCAGCGCAUCGCAAUGGUUCACAGCAUGGCUGUCUCCCUACGCCGCAGGUACCAUUUUUGACGGCAUGCACGAACAUCGAUCUCGCCUCCUACAAAUACUUCAAGCAUAUUUGCGCUCUCACUUCGACCGCUCAGCGGCCGAAGCGCUCCGUCACCAUCUCGAGCGACUCGUUGUGGAAGACAACGACACGGAUCUGCACACGACAUUUGUUGCUCAUCUCAGCCUAGCAGGCCUCUCCGGACCCGCAUUGAUGUUGAUGACCCGAGUCGUGCACUCCGAGAUCGCGCGCAAAGUACGAGCCGUAGUCGACGCUGCGGAUUUGCGCUCCCAAGAUUCUGUCCUGCCGCUCGAGUCAGCUGCUCGCCCCGUCUUGCAACAGUGGCUCGAUGACCAGAUGAAGCCACGUUUCGCGGCGUUCCGCGAGCUGUGCUUGGGACCGUCUGAGGCAGAGCCGAAAGAGGGCAAGUACGUAGAACACAACACAUGGCAGCACAAGCUGGAUUACGAGCUCGACAAGGCACUCUGCCUGACACGCGCCGGUCAGCUGUUCGACCUCGUGGCGCUCUACCCGGAGUCGUCGGCAGCACUCGAGGAUCUCAGAUUGAGCCUUCAGAGCGCGGAUCAGCGGCUUAACGUCGCCAAGACGCUGUCGAGCUCGCUGCACAUGCGGCUGCUGCAUCCGGGUGCUCACACGCGCGACAUCAUUCAGAUGUACGUUCACCUCGUACGUGCGCUACAGGAGAUGGAUCCGAGUGGCGUCGUCCUCUCCCGUGUCGUGUCUCCUCUGCGACGAUAUUUGCGCGGGAGGAAGGACACAGUGCUGGUCAUCGUAGCGUCGAUGCUCGGCGACGAUCCGGACUUUACGCUUCUCAAGGACGAGCUGGAGCGUGCGGACCAAGAGGAGCAGGAGCAGGCGGAGCAAGCCGAAAACAAGCGCAGGCGACGACCUCGACGAUCCCUCCAAACCACUGCCCCUCCCUCGUCGAACAAGACCAACGGCAAACGCCCCACAAAGCGUCGACUGCCCAACUCACGACGCGACGCAACCUAUGUAUCGGACAGCGAUGCAUCCUCGGACGAAGACUGGGACGACCCCCAUUGGGUACCGAAACCCGUCGAGGCCGGAUCCGGCUACCGCAUGUCUACCUCAAAAGACAUCAUCUCGAUGCUCACAUCCAUCUUUGACGAUCGGUCCGGCUUCAUCGCAGCGCUUGAAAAGAGCAUGGCGGACCAGCUCGUCCAAGUCAAAUCCUACAAGGCGAUGAAGGAGUAUCGCAACAACAUGAUCCUCAAGAAGCGCUUCGGGGAGAGGAACAUGGGCAAGUGCGAUGUGAUGCUCGGCGACGUGACCGAGUCACGGCGGAUCGACAGCGAGGUUCAUCACCGUCGACUUCCGUCCUCGGGGUCUGCCGUGGAGGGUAUGGUGUCGCGGUUGCAUCCGUUGAUUGUUUCGCGUCAGUUUUGGCCCGAACACACGACGAAGCCGGGCAGCGCGGUGGGUGGUGUGCCGACCUCGAGCGCUGCGGGUGCGGGAGCACCAGUGGGAACAGCAGGAAGCAUAGCAGAGUUCACGCUACCCCCCCUCUUCCGCCACGCACAGGAGGAGUACGGCAAAACAUACUCGCAGUCCAAGGCGAUGCGCAAGCUGCAUUGGCUCAACCACCUCGGAACCGUUGAGCUCGACGUCGAGCUCAACUCAGGACAGAGCGUCGCCGUCGAGUGCAGUCUCAUCCAGGCAUCGACGCUCGAGGUGAUUUCGCGCUGCAAGGGUCGAAGCACACAGGCUCAGAGCGCCACGGCAGGUGCGAACGUCAUUACGCUGACGGAUGUGAUGGAGGAACUCAAUUUGCAGAGAGAGAAGGAUGCAAGGGAUGCGCUGGAGUUCUGGGUUCAGGUCGGACUGAUCGAGCCCGUAGCGGGACUGGUGGAUGCGUUCAUCGUGCUCACUAGCUUGCCUGCUCGUGUGGCAGCGGGGGAGGAAGAGGACGAGGCGGACGACGAGCCGCUCUAG